AUUUAAGUAUCACAUGCCUAUGCUAUAUUACUCUCAUCAAAGCAUCAUCCAUUAAUUCAAAAAACACAAAGCCGGAUUGUCUCUCCAGACUCCAAAUCACACCAGAUAUGUGUUUCCUUUCUUUCAGCCUUGUUUCUUCUUGUCCACUUGUUGUUUUCGGCUUUCCAUUUUAAUUCGGAAGAAAAAAGCAACAUGGCUGACAUAAUUAUCGGCCUUGCAAGUCCUCUUGUAGAGAUUGCAAUAAAGAAAUUGACUGAUGUUGCUACUACUGAAUUCGUCAAUAUCAAGGAUGAGGUAGAGAAGCUGAACAAUUCUUUUACAGAAAUUAAAACGUUGCUUGGAAUUUUGGAAGGAAAUCCUCCGAUGGAUUCUUCUACUGCUUCCCCCCCUGAAGAAUUGGCUGGAAAGGCUCCGAGCAGCAUCUUAUGAUAUGGAAUGGAGGAUUUGAUCGACUGUUGGACAACAGAAUACCAACGGUGGAAGAUGAAGCAGCAGCAGGUACAAAAAUUCCAUCUUCCGUUUUGUGCUUUUAAAUUUCUCUUUCUGUCUCGUGAAUUGUCCAAGUUGAGAGAAAUUACAUCAAGAAUAGAUGCAAUUAACCGAGAUGGACAACGCUACAAAAGUAACAGAACCAUGAUAGCAGCAAGUGAUAAAAGUCAUUCCAAAACAUCGGGAACUGGGCCCGUUCAAGACAGGUUAGUUGUUAGUAGGGAGAAGGAUAAAGAGAAGAUCAUAGAGCAGCUGACAACAGAGAAAAAAGCCGGUAGGGGAACCUUUUCAUUUACUCCCAUUGUUGGGAUUGGAGGAUUGGGGAAAACAACUCUUGCUCAACUUGUCUUUAAUGAUGAAAAUGUUGAUCGGUAUUUCGAUUUUAGAAUUUGGGUUUUUGUGGGGAACGAAUUUGACAUGGAGAGGAUUUUCCGUGAAAUACUGGUCUCUCUAGUGCGUUCAUUGAAUGUGGAAAGAAGACAAGCAACGGAGUCUUUAAAAGAUAUGAUCAAGAAAAAAGAAUCUCAACCCGAAACCCCUGUUGAUCCCACCCUCUUGGCCAAACUACAAACCUUGUUUAAAGAUGCCAGUCCUCUCGAUUUGAACCAACUACCUUCUCCCAGUGAUCCCAACUCCUUGCCCCAUCUAAAAGACCUUGAUCUUCACUACUCCAACUCCUUGGACCGAUUACAAACCCGUCCUGAGAUUAUUGAUUAUACCCCUCUCUCCUUGGCCCAACUAGAAACUCGCAUUCUUGAACUUCUCACUCAGAAACGAUUUUUACUUGUUCUAGACGACCUGUGGAAUCAUAAAGAUGAGGAAUUGGAGCCACUAGUAAAGGUCUUAAAUCAUGGGGCUUACGGAAGCAAGGUUCUGGUGACUAGUCGGCUGAAAGAAGUUUCAAAUAUCAUGGAUUCAGCGUCACCCUAUUCUCUGCAAUGUUUGGGUGAUCAUGAGUCAUGGUGGUUGUUUAAAAAGUUGGCAUUCAAAGAAGAUAGUGAUUUGAUCGAUAGCGAGUUUGAAAAAUGUGGAAGGGAAAUUGUAGGUAUGUGUCAGGGUCUUCCUUUGGCUACAAAACAAAUGGCAGGUCUGUUACGUGGGAAAGAAUUGGGAGAAUGGGAAAAUGUUGCCAAAAGUCAAACAUGGAAAGCACGAGUGGAAGAUACUCAAAUACUGCCUGCUCUUAGAUUGAGUUAUAAUCACCUGCCCUCACCAGAUCACAAGCAGUGCUUUUCAUUGUGUUCCCUGUUUCCGAAAUCGUAUCUUUAUGAAAAGGAUGAGUUGGUCAAGUUAUGGAUGGCAGAAGGAUUUAUACAACCACCUACGCACGGAGUGGGAGAGAGGACAGAAGACAUCGGAAGUCGAUACUUCAAGGAGCUGUCAGACAGGUUCUUCUUCGAAUGCUCAGCUGAAGACAACACAAAGUACAGGAUGCAUGAUCUUAUCCAUGACUUGGCACAAUCAGUUUCCAGUCCCUUUUUUUGCCAAGUGAAGGAUAUGAAAGAUUUUGACGAAAAGUCUCGUCAUGUAUCACUGCUUCAAGAACAACUUCAGAAGCCUACAAUAGAGAUCGUCAACAAAUCGAAGAAGCUGCGCACACUUUGACUUCCAGUUCAACACUUGCAACUGAGAGCCUUUGGGAAAGGACAAGGUGAAAUAAUUCAUUCACUUAUGUAUAUGCGUGUGCUAGACAUGAGUUCAAGCACAGUUGUCACACUGCCAGAUUCAAUUGGAAGGCUGAAGCUCUUGCGCUACCUCGAUUUAUCGACAACUGAAAUCAGAAAGCUCCCUGAUUCGGUAUGCAACCUCUUCAAUUUGGAGACACUGAAACUUUUGCGUUGUCCUUGGAUUUUCAAUUUGCCCAAGAACUUGAAAAAUCUUGUCAACCUGAGACAUCUGGAGCUAGAUGAAAUUUUCUGGUUCAAGACCUUGAUGUUGCCACGAAGCAUGGGGUGUCUAACCAGUCUGCACAACUUACACAAAUUUCCGGUCAGCUGCGAAACAGGAAACAAACUUGAAGAAUUGAAGAACAUGGUGUACCUUAGAGGAACGUUGCACAUCUCAAAGCUGGAAAAUGCAGUGAAUGCAGGGGAGGCCAACUUGAAAGGGAAAGAAAUGAUUGAGAAAGUGGUUUAUGAAUGGAGCAGUAACGAUGUUAAUUUUCAUGAUGAAGCCGCUGCAAAGCAGGUACUUGAAGACUUGGAACCUCACCCAAAGGCACUCAAAGAGCUCCAAAUCUGUCACUACAAGGGCACUGAAUUUCCACGUUGGAUGGGACUGCUAACGAAUUUGGUUAGUAUUUAUUUGAAUCACUGCACCAGAUCGAAAGUCCUUGAUCUUCGGGAGCUACACAAACUCGAACAAGUCCGUCUCAAAAAUAUGCUAGAGUUGGAGGAUUGGAAUGGAGAUUUUGAAUCCCUCAAAAUUCUAAGGAUAGUUAACUGCCCCAAGUUGAAAAGCUGUUCACAUCGUGGGAAAACACUGGAUUUUCUGAAGAUCAAAAGGUGUGAAUCAUUGGAACACCUUCUAUUUUCCUGCUGGCGCAACCCUAUGAGUAUCACACUUGUUGACAAUCCUGUUCUGAUGCACUGGACUCACAAUUGUGAGAGUUUCUUUUUGUGGAUCUUUCUGUACUGGAAAUUCGAAAGGGGCAGUGAACUCAAAAUUAUCAAUUGCCCCAAGCUGCAUGAGUCGCCAGAUAACUACAUUCCAAAGAAAUUGGAAGCAAGUGGGUGCAAUUCAGAAUUCAAAAUACAUCCCUUCUUAAACAUGGAACAUCUGGCAUUGGAUGCAUGUUCUGCACAUGGCUCCUUAGUGGGUUUGCCACCUCGUGAUGUCUUUGAUCUACGGUUCUUGGUGAUUUCCAAUAUCUCAAACCUCAUAUGUCUUCCAGAUUGGGGUCUCCCCGAACUCGGAGCACUCUACGUCCGUGACUGCAAGGCUCUCGAGUAUUUAUCCAACCAAAACAAGUCGUUCCAAGGAUUCACCUCCCUCACAACACUCUCCAUCCACAAUUGUCCUAAGCUUGUAACGUUGCCAGUUGAAGGCCUCCCAACAUCUCUUAAAUAUUUGAGUAUUGGCUCGUGUGCAAGGCUCAAGUCAUUUGGCCCGGCAGAUGUACUCCAAAAACUCGACUCCCUCCAUGAUCUAUACAUUGAGGAUUGCCCUGCACUCCAGUCCUUGCCGGAGGGUGGGUUACCAACCUCCCUCCUGCAUCUCUCUAUCCAGCGAUGCCCCUCACUGGUAGAACGAUGUGGGGAGGAAGACGGUGAUUGGCCCAAGAUCAAACAUAUCCCUGAUCUGGAAAUGAGGAUGCCAUCCACCGAAACUACAACCUCAUCACCAUCGUCUUCUUCAACAGCUUGGUACCAUCUGCGCUUGCGGAGGCCAAACUUCAAAAGGAAGACGGUUUCAGAAUGAUGCCAAGCUUGUCGCAAUGCAGGACAAGUUCGUACAGUAUUCCCUUCAUCUCUCUUCGGCAAUCAAUAGCUCUUAGCUUGAGAUGGCUUUCAUGCCUGCUUAACACAUACAUCUCAAUCUCAAGCAAACUACCAUAAUCAACUAAUUAUGUUAAAGGCUCUAUAUGAUUGACUUGCAGGGAUAUAGAGCCAGUUGAAGAGAGUGAGACAGCGCAUUGCAUUCUAAUUUCGAACCUAAGUUGUAUAGAUUGUAUAAUAAGCUGCCUUCCUACAUCUACGUUGGUCGGGGCACUGCGUGUAAGCUGUGAAUAAUCGUGAGUGUAGUAAUAAAUAAGCAGCCUUCCUCCAUCCAUGUCGGAAGGGAAGACUGGCUGAUGAAUUUAUGAUUUAAAGUCAUGUACAUGCAAUUAGUAGUACUGGUAUUGCCGUUGAAGGGAUCCAACCGAAGAAGAAGG